AUUUCAUCUGGCGGGUAGAGAAGUGUGAAGUUUAGUUUAGAAGAAAAAUUAAAGGAAAGCAAAAUAUAAUGGCAAAUAUGAAAGAGACAGAAGAGAUUCCACCUCUAAAGAAACAGCCAUCACACUGUAGGCGUGGUCUAGCCGCCAGAUUAGCGGCAAAAAAUAAAAAUGUCACAGAAGAUAAGUCAACAACAGAGAUCUCAGGGGAAUCGGCUGUCUACUCCACACAGGUUUCACGGAUGUUAAACAAGAGAGGAAUCCCUGAUGUUGAGCAUUUUCAUUGUGUUUUGUCAGGUGAUGACAGCAAUGAUGAUGAUGAGGAUGAUGAUAUCAUUCCCAGCAAGAAAGCCAAACCUAAAACUGAUACACGGAACACAGCUGAAGUCUGUAGUCUUCUCUCUGAUGAGGAGGAGGAAAUAGAUUGCACACCCCCAGACAGGCAACCAAUAGGAGUUGACUUGAUGAGGUCUCCCUCCCCACCACCACCCCCUGAACCUCUAGAUGUAAUACCAGUUCUCACCAAACAACCUUCAAUGACAAGAGCCAUGAAGAAGGCCAUGAAACAGCUAUCAGAAGCUAAGACCUACCUUCAGAGGGACAAUACUGCCUUAAACACUUCCUAUCAGGAUGGAGAUGAUGUCAUUUGUCUAGAUGAUUCUUUUGAUGAAAACUCUGUGUUUUUCUUUGUCCAGUGUAAUGCCGAGUUAAAAAAGCAUCGAAUGGGAAAGUGGGAGCCAUUUAAAAAUUUGGUGGAUGUGUUGUCUUUGGAACAGAAUAUUCCUGCUGCUGAUGUAAUGUUAUCACUGAAUGAUGUAACAAUUCGUCCUUCAGAUACACCUAUCUCGGUCAAUCUCAAGUCUGCCAAUAUUAUAGUGAUGUACAAGAACUCUCUAAAAGAUAGUUGUGAACCAGACAGCUCAGAUCUCUCAGGAAUUCAGUUGUUUGUUCAAAGUCGAAACUCUAAAAAGAAGCUAGAGUUUAAAAUUGAUCCGCUGGCCCCUCUACAGUUACUUAUCAACAAAUAUUGUAUAAAAACUAAAAAUGAUCCAGUAAAGUAUCGCCUGCAGUUUGAUGGGGAAGAUGUUCAUCCACAAGACACAGCUACGGACUUAGAGCUUGAGGACGGUUACUGUCUGGACAUAAUAGAAAACACAUGAUAAUUACCUAACCCUGUUACUAUAAAAAAUUUGGGCAUUGUUCAGGAAAUCAACUUGUCAUAGAAAUGGCAGUGUUGUUACAUAUUUUUAAACCCAGUCAUUCCUUGGCCCAGUUGCGUUGAUUACAUGAAUUUGGUUCACUUCAGGUUUUAAUAACUGUGCCAAAGUAGUAUGAUAAUUAUGUAGGCAUAAUGUCUUCAUAAUGCUACCAUUACAGUGGUGUUUAAUGCAUGUAUUUCAUGUUUAUGGAAGAUGUUAUACAGUUUACUGUGUUCAGUGUUAUUUGAAAGAUGUUCCUAUUUUUGUUAUUAACACAAAGCAUCUUUGCUGAAUAAUAUCCUGGUAAGCCUGUGUCAUUAGUAUGGCCUCUGUCUUCAAGCGAGUUUAAAAAGGAAGACAAAGAAUCUUUAUUAUAACAUGAAAAUAAAUACUACACACUGAAAAACAGACAACUGUUAAAGGAAUAACUCCUGCCCUCACUUUAGAAAUGUAUGUAAAAUCUGUAAUCAACUAUGUCGCUUGCUGUCAGGAUAAUAUCAAAGAAAAUCCAAUAUUGUCUGAUAAUUGAAUGUUACAUGUACCUACCCUUGUUUUGUGAAAAGUCUAUGGUCAUCUAAAGUAAUCAUGAUUUCAUCUGAAAGUCAUAGUAAUUUAAUCACACAUACAUAAUUGGUUAUGGACUGGAAAACCAAGGGAACUUA